AUGUUAUUAUAUAAUUUUUCGUUAUUUUCCGCGAUUAUAACCUGGAUUGGAGUGGUAGCUGAAGAGGAAGUGUCAUCUCCUUUACGUGUAGCUCAAUGUAGAGCCACGUGCUUACAAAAGUUUGCAGCACCUCGACCUGGCGGGGAGUCAUCGUGUUUGCAGGGCCCCGACUGUUUUAUGUGCUGGGAAAACUGUGAGCUUCUCCAGUCAAACUAUCAAGUAUGGGGUGCAGUAUGUGACGAGAAAGAUAUCUGCUUCCCUGGCUGUAAAGUAGCUUGUGAAUUCCAUACGGAAGCAGCAAGACCAUCUCAAACCCAGCCGGUAAUCCAUACAAAAGGAGAAGGUGUAAUGAGGGUUAGUGGGGCUCUAGCUCGCUGGCCCCCUCCAGCUCCACGAGCUGCGUCUCGUCCUAUGCCUUUUGUCUAUGUAGUAAUGCGCCGAGCAGCAGAAGGACCAUGGAGACAAAUAAUUCAAACACAAUCCCUAGCUACGAGAGUUCCAUCUAACAAUGAAGGGGCCCUUCUUCGGGUGCUUGUCGUAGAUCCUUUAGGAUUAGUUACUAUCUACAGUCCAGAUGAAACAUGGGUAGCACACGAUAGCAACAACUCCAAUCAUGAUGAACAUAAAUGGACAUUAAAAGAAAUAUCACUUAUUCACCAAAAAGUCCUUGUCAUUGGAGAAAUUGCUUGGGAACCGAGAAUAGCUCGUGGUGUGUAUCUUGUGACGUGGGAGGUCGAUGGGGGAGGCCUGAAAGGCAACUUAUUCACUGAUUCUACUCGUGUCACUUUGUCUCUAUGGCCAGAUACAAUUUAUCAUAUUCAAGUUGAAUUAGUAUCUCGGACUCCAGGAGUAGAUAAUGAAAAAUCUGAAACUAUGACCAUAGACACGAGCAGGGCGCAACGUGUUUCUACCGAAAGUGUGCAAGAUGUUGAAGUUAGUGAAGGAGAUCGUCUUAUGUCAGUUCUUGUUAGUUCAAUGAGAGGUGAACGCGUCCCCGAACGUACUCCAGAUUCAGAACUUGUUUUAGGCUGCUUGUCAGCCAUGAUAGCUUUUGGAUUAGCUGUACUAGCCGCCGUAGUGUGGAGGCGGAGGCGACGGGGCACUUUUCCAGGAACAAACGUUUACGUUGGAUCCUCUUCUGUACUCAAACGAAAGCUAGUUGAAGAUUUCAUUCCAACGCCACAUUGUUUUCAACCUGUGAUUGCUCCAAAAUCCCCAACCAACGGAACCACACCGAGGGAUGUCGUUGUG